AUGUCCUCCUUCCUCCACCUCCCGGUCUCAUCGGCUGUUCGCAAGCAGUCCACCACAAUGCCUCUGCGUCUAAAUCCCUCCUCCAUUGCCUCAUCAAAGACAAACACAUUCUCAACAUUAUGUUCUUCGUCCUCUAGACUCCCCAAGCCCCAAACCCCCCUCCAACGCUCCAAUCCCACACCAGCUCUUCCGACCCAACAAACCCGCUCCUUCCUGGCCCAGAUCCGCCGCCAAACGCAAGCCCAAGCCCACAAAGAGCACACCACCACGACCUCCAUCCCCCCGCCCUCUGCCGCCGACUUGCAACUCACCAACCUCCCUUACUUCAUCCGUCGUACCCCUUCGAAUCAAUACCCUGUAUACCUUGUUACGAAAGCCGGCGGUACCAAGCGGCAGACGAAGGUUCAAAAGACCGAGGGGGAUUUGGACGCAUUAAGGAGUGAUCUUGCGCGGUAUUUGGGGUUUGAGUCGGGUGAUCUGCGUGCGCCGAAGAGUGCGGAUGUUGCGGUUAACCGAGUUACUGGGCAUAUAAUUGUUAAGGGCUGGAGGAAACCUGAGAUCCUCAAGUUCCUAUCGGAACGCAACUUCUAA